AUGUCCCGCAUCCAGAUCCCGAUGGACGUCAUCACUUCGCGUCUCAACCUGAGCGAGAGGUUCCAGGGCCUGACGUCGACGCCCUUGAACGGCCGCUUCAGCAACCUGCGCCCCAUCGGCGAGUUCAUCGAUGUCAAGCGCGUCAGCAAGCCCGCCAACUUCUCCGAGGUCCAGUCACGCGUCAACUACAACCUGAGCCACUUCUCGAGCAACUAUGCUGUCGUCUUCGCCAUGCUGAGCAUCUACGCCCUCAUCACGAACCCUCUGCUGCUGUUCGACAUCAUCAUCGUCAUUGCCGGCAUGUACGUCAUCGGGCUGCUCGACGGCCGCGACCUCGUCAUCGGCAGCUUCCGCGCCACGUCGUCGCAGCUGUACACCGGCCUCAUCGUGCUCACUGUGCCUCUCGGUCUGAUUGCCUCGCCUAUCUCGACCCUGCUCUGGCUCAUUGGCGCUAGCGGCGUGUCCAUCCUCGGCCACGCCGCGUUCAUGGACAAGCCUAUCGACGAGGCUUUUUCCGGGGAGGCGGUCUAG